CUGUAAAACCGAGCACCCUUGUACACCAUGAACCAGUCCACUGAAAAAACACCUCUAAAAUAAGAGGGCAGUAGAAACGAAUAAAUACUAUAAUUAUAUUAACGCGUAUAAUUCCCGUUUUAUUUAUUCAGCUCGACGAUUAACAGGUCGAGCCCCAAUUCAGUACACGCGUAUUAAUAACGUAUCGCAAUUUAAAUUGCGCGUAGCAAGAGAGCCAUGCAUAUAUACAAUACGUUAGUGGUUAUAUUAUCAAUACUAAAUACUAACAGCAGAACCGAGUAGCAUGAAUAAUGUGGACUUGCAACAUUGCUAAUAAAGCAGAAGAAAUAGAAUAGAAUCAAUUGAUAGCAAGCAAUUAUUUUUUAUUUUCCCACGAAUAAAACAAAAUACGAUAGAAGGUUGUAAGCCCAGUUAUAAUGUAUAAUAAUGGUUUGCACCUGGAAUAUUUUAAAUAGGACGUUACUGGUAUCCCGGAGGGGAAUAAUAAGUAGUAACAGGUAAUCGUCUCGAACGAAGGAAGACGUAGAAUUUAUUACCCAGAUAUUCGGGCACUCGGGUAGAGAGCUCGAUACAUAUUCAACGGGAAUAAUCGUUACGUUAAUGCUUCGUGUCCGAGGCUGACAAAGAACCAAUCCUUGAUUCCAAUUAUCAGCGCGUUUGUUUCGUAACCGCAAUCCCGAUAAUUAAUGGAGGGACAAAGUUUGAAACAGAGUUUCCCCGUUCGACGAGGGAACUCUGCGAAAAUAACUGUCCGAUGCUAUUCGACUUGCUAAAAGCGGAAAGGCAACAACCCCCGAGACAUUACGUACCAGUCAUUUCGCCGUGGCGUGCAGGCUUAUUCGAUUAAUCGAUCCGCAACUGACGUAACCCGCGUCGAGAGAGACGAGGAUGUCUCGGGAAAUAUUAAUGACGUCGGUCGGAAAUCGUGAACAAAAAAAAAAGUAGGAGAAAAAGAUAUUUUUCACUUUUCGAAAUUUUGAUUCAAUAUUGCCACCGAGACACGGAGUUGGAAAAUUGACGCACAAACAUGGCGUCUGCGUGGAAUAAGGAACAUUACUUCUGGGAUGAUCCGAUUAGUGACUGCAGAUAAAUAAAGAAACUUUGUAAUCCAGUCUGUGCAAGUAUACUAUAUUUUCUUAGAUAGGAAAUCCAUGAUCCUUUCGGUAUAUGUGACAAUUUAUGGAACAGGUCUUCGGUCUUCGUUCUUGGUUUCGAAAUUUUUUCUGACCUAAUAGUUUCGUAAAAAUUGAAACGCGUUGUUUACGUGCUUCUGUAAUGUAAAAUUCUUGAACAUGUUCCGGAAAGCCUCUUCAAGGGUACAAGACACUCUAACAACUAGGGACAACUGAUAAACUUCAAGUAUACAACAAAAAAAAAAAAAAAAAAAAGAGAUUACAAGUAAUAUCGUUGACGAAGAGAAUGAAUGGACAGCGAUUGAACGUAUCAGGCGCACCCGUGCACCAAAGAAAAAAAUCAGAAGGCUUUCGAGCGGCGCGACUUAAUACAUUCCAUCCGUUCCAGCGUUAUCGGGGAAUCAUUUCGCGUUUAUUAUCGUCUUAUUGCGAUUGUCUUUAUCUUGAAAACGGACGUUUUAUCGUGAUUUCUCACUCGACGAACGCCUCUUUCGCUUUGCAGCGCCGUCGAAGCGCGUAAGGGCUCCGCGCGGGCCACUUUUCCGCGAAAUACGAAAACCGCGCGUCCCACCCCCCAGCAACACCUUUCGCCUCCCACCGCUGACGAAAUCCCUGUCCCUCUGCCCCUCCGCCGUUUGUGUAUUUUCCCGUUCGCUCUAAAGAACUUCCGUUUUAAUUUAUUCCCGGAAGCUGGUGCAUCCGUGACAGCGGAGACCCCCGGAGGAGGAACAGUAUCAGAAGGAAAAGUUUCUCGGCUAUUUCCAAGGAUUACCUUCUACUUCCUCGGGCAUGGGUUGCUGCGGCUGCUCGGACGAGCCCUCGUCCAAGGUGGAGCCUAGGACGCCAGAAAAUGAUGAGGGCAUGUCAUCGAGACAGUCCGAGCAGAUUUUCGUCACCGAUCGAUCCUGCACCGACCUUUUGGCUCUGAUCGUUCUGAUCGCACUCGUCGCCGGUUACGGUUUUCUGGCGAGCAACGCUGUGAAGAAAGGAGACAUCUACCGCGUAAUAAAUGGCUACGAUAACUGUGCAAACGUUUGCGGCCGCGUCACGCAGCACGAAACUGAUCCCAAAUUUAGUUGCAAGGGUGGGGACAUGACGGACAAGCGGUAUCUGCUGAUGACCGUGGAAGCGAACGGAAUGAAGACACGCAAGUGCGUGUCCAACUGCACCGAUCAGAACAAGUCACCAAUCAUCGAGUUCUCGAGUUUAGGUAUCCUAUUCACCGUCAUAUCAAUGGUGAUAUUCCUGAAUCGUUGCGUGCCCAAGCAGCUAUCCGAGACGACCAACUCCUUUAUCAAGAAACUCGGUUUGGACAAUUUCUACAAGGUCUGUAGCUACGUUUUCAGUAAAAGUCGAAUUCAAGAGGCUUCCAGGGAUUUGACCAUCGCCUGGGUAGAGUUGGUGUACCUCCUGCUCAUAGCUCUAGCUAUCUCGCUCGCUAUCUUAAUUGCCUUCCGUUAUAUGGUGCAGUGGGUCGUUUACAUUGUCUUAAUCGGCGCCAUUCUCGCCUGUAUCGGUGGCUCGGCGUACCUCUGGUUGGCGUGGUACAAUGAAAAGAAAGGGGUGGAGGCGCACCAGAUACCCGAGGAGGAUUCCAGCCAAGAGGCCUACUUCGUUUAUGCGAUACUGCUGUCUUCCGUUACCGUUAUCACGCUUUUGAUUGUCUUGGUGAUGAGGAAAAGAAUCGCCCUGGUGAUGCAGCUGUUCCGCGAGGCGGGAAAGGCGGUUUACGCGAUGCCGGCACUUCUUCUGCAGCCUAUAUACACCUACUUGCUCAUCGGGCUCGCCGUUUGCGCUUGGGUGUACUGCAUGCUCUUGAUCGAGAGCGCUGGGAACAUCUACAUGAAUACGAAAAAUCAUAUACACUUCAGGAAGGACGCACUUCUGAUUGCUACCAGGUGGUACAAUUUGUUCAUCUUUUUCGUCACCUGCGAGUUCCUCCUGGGCUGUCAGCACGUUGUCGUCGCCUGCGCCGUUGCACGAUGGUUCUUCACCAGAGACAAGAAGAAGCUCUCUCUGGCGGUAACACGGGGCUUCGGUUAUCUCGUGCGAUAUCACUUAGGCACGGUCGCGUUCGGGGCACUGGUUAUUGGUGUAGUUCGGCUCGUAAGAGCGAUAAUUUCCUUCGUCCAGAAUCGCCUGAAGCGUUACGAUAACGACCUUGUGCGGGGAAUAUUGUGGUGCUGUCAGUGCUGUCUCUGGUGUUUCGAGUGCGCUCUGAAAUUCCUCACCAGGAACGCUUACAUCGAAACAGCGAUAUACGGAUGCAACUUCUGCACUGGUGGGCGGAAAGCGUUCCAAGCGUUGGCAAGUAAUAUCUUAAGAGUCGCUGCCAUUAACAGCGUCGGGGACUUUGUCCUAUUUCUAGGAAAGGUUCUGGUCGUUACAUUAACGGUCGUCAGCGGAAUUUAUCUGGUCCAGAAGAAGGAAGGACUUCAUCAUCCCUGGGUGCCGAUAGCGCUCGCUGGAGUGUUUGCUUUCCUGGUGGCGCACUGCUUCAUCUCAAUAUACGAGAUGGUCAUAGACACCAUAUUCAUUUGCUUCUGCGAAGAUUGCGAGAAGAACGACGGCGUCGGUAGGCCGUACUACAUGAGUCGUGGGUUAAUGGAAUUCGUCGAGAAUAGCAAGAAGGCUCUGCAGCAUCUGGAUCAUCAUAGAGCCGGCGCGUAAUGGCGAUUGUUUGGUGUACUCGGUAGAAGCCAGUUCAGCAUUUUAGAGAUGCGAGAGAUUUUUCAAGUCGUGCCUUCAGGAAACCUCGCGAGAAGGAAUCACUGCGGCGUGAUAUCUUCGAUAAGACUUUGGCGUAUGAACGUCGUGGAUGUGCGUUUACAGUCCUGACAUUUCUUCCCGUCGCGGCAUUUCCGUGAAUCUUUUAAAUAUACAGAGUGUUUUAUCUUGGUUGUCAUAAUACACGUGCUGCCCCACGUGGAGGAAGGCUGCCAUGAUAUACAGACGAUUUCUGUCCAUGAUCUCUUUUCGUAGCAUUUUCCCAGACAGGAAGUAGAUAUAACUAGAUUCUGUUCAAAUAAUGGAUGACUAAUUUAAACGUUUAUCCUAUCGAACAGUCAUUCGGGAUAAUUUUUCUUUCAUUUUUUCAUUUCAUUCGGUUACCUAAAUUAGUUUUGUUCGCUAUAUAAAUAUAAGAAGCGGUAAAAAUAGUCCGAUAAAACUGUCUGCGGUUUAUGGUACCGUUCCUAUGCAGCGCUGUUCGUGUAUGUAGCUGAUAACGAUAACGCCAAUGAAGGGCAGAAUUAUAUUCGGCAGAAAUGUACGAUGAACAAAAACACGGUAUAGUGAUUCAUUGAUAGAAUUGUAAGUUUACAUUCUGUUAUACUUAACAAACAAAAGAUAUAUAUGAAAUAUUUGAGGCUUUUUAUGAUUGAUACUAACUGAAGCUUUCAAAUGUAAGUUGUGUCUUUUAAGUACUCUCCAACGUUUCGCCAGCAUGGUAGUUAACUUCUUUAGGGAUCAAAUGAAACGCUGAUAUCGUCAUUUGAUAUAUCAAUGAUGUUAUGACAUAUCAGUGUGAUAUUUGAUCCUUACGAAACUAGCUCCAUCGUUAAACACACGAUCGCCUCGGUUAGUAUCAAUCAGCGGACAUAUGUAUCAUUCUUCAAAAUUGUUUAUUCAAAUAACAAUUCUGACCAUCUUUGGCUAACGCACGCUUCGAUAUUCUUCUAUAACAAAGAAUGGAUAUAGAUAUUUUAAUCGUUACCUACGCACACUUACUGUUACCUCGAGUCAUCGUUAUCGAAGAAGACUAGGUUGAGGAGUCUAGCUGAUUAGGUAGCCGCUAUAAUCGUAUGCGAACAAAUGGUUAACAUUCCGUAUUGUUGCAAUAGUUCCAGGAUCAUUGGCGAUCCGUCACGUACUUUUUUUUAUAUCUUUUUGUACCAGUUCGUGACGUGUCCCAACGACGCGACGUAUAGAUAAAGUCGUUUCUAGCUUAAUUGUUUCGAGUUUCAGUAAAAAAUGACUUCGUUUGUAAAGUGCUGAAUUAAAAUGCAUCAUUAGAAUGCGUCGUAGAAGCGUGCUUCUACGAAGGAAACAUAUUUUAUAUGCCAAAAUAUUUAUAAUAAUGAUGUUAUAAUGUAUUUUUCAUAAGUUAAGUAAUAUGUUGACUCAAAAAUUUUAUAAAUAAAGUAUCAUUCAAUGAUUGA